CUGCAAGUUCCUGGAGUUGAAGCUUUUUAUCCAUUUUGCAAACACUUGACUUGUAACAGUUUACAGAAUGUAUUAAUUAUGCAGUGAACAGUCUGAUUGCAGAUGAAGGGAAGAGAUCUCGCAAACUGGAAGAAUGUUUAGGUUUUGCAGUUCAAUGACCUCCCUGAAACCAUUUUUUAGUUUUCAUUUGUGUUUUCUUCUGACGCUACUUCACAACCCAAAUCUGGGCUGCCCUCUCUCCUGCCAGCAGUGCUCAAUAACUCGAGUUCAGUGCUGCAGCCUGGGCCUCACAUUCGUUCCCAGGAACCUGUCACGCAGCACAGCGGUAGUGCACCUGAGUGGAAAUAACAUCUCUCGUAUAUGUGCCGAGGAUUUAAGGAGUCUGGACAAACUCUCUGUGCUUUACCUGGACAACACAGGGCUGCUAUACAUUGAGGACAAAGCAAUGAGGCACCUUCACAAACUAUAUUAUUUAUACUUGAAUGACAAUCAGAUAGAACGAUUGGACCCUGAAACCUUUAGAGGACUUUCAGAUCUUCAUUAUCUGUACCUUCAUCAUAAUGAAAUACAUUUUCUUCCAGAUGGAAUGUUUGCUGACCUGAUUGCUUUGCGUUAUCUGCAUCUUCAAGGGAACCGUCUUAAAAAAGUUGGAAGUGGCGUUUUUUUGGGCAUGACCAGUCUUAAAAUACUUAAUCUUGCAAAUAAUAGGAUUUCAAGGAUCUCCAACUCAGCAUUUAUGAAUCUAGGGAAACUUGAGAUACUGUACCUCAAGGGAAACAAUCUUGGCCAAAUUGCAUCCGACGUCUUUGCAGGGCUUGGGAACGUCAAGCGCCUAGACCUGUCAAACAAUCCUGUUGAAUCCGUGCCUCCUUUUGCUUUCAAGGGGCUGGAAAACCUUCAGUAUCUCAUUGUGGAACACGCAAGAAUAAAACAUAUUGACAAAAAUGGAUUUGCUAAACUACCCAAUUUGAAACAAUUGACACUAAGUCAUAAUAAUUUGAAUUGUAUUGGCUCAGAUGCUUUUGCUUUAUUGAGGCAACUGAAAUACCUGCACUUAGACAGGAAUAACAUAAGUCACAUUGGGAGUGAGGCCUUUGAGGGAAUGGCAGCAUCACUCAAGGUCCUAAAUCUAGGCCAAAAUAAUCUUAAAUACAUGCAGUCUGAUGUACUUCAGCCUUUGGUUUCGCUUAUCCAUGUACAGGCAACCAAGAACCCCUGGAACUGCAGCUGCCAACUUCUUGGAUUGCACAAUUGGUUAGUGUCCUCCACCGUUAUGAUGAAUGUUCAUUGUCAACACCCACCACAACUACAGGGCAAAUUAUUGCGCUAUGUUAAUCUGAACAAAUUUGGGGUUUGUGCUGUCCCAAAUGCCACCAUCAUCCCUGUGGUAUCUUCAACAGCAAGUUCAUUGAUAGAACAUAGAGUUCUCAUUCCUAAUAAAAGUACUUCAGCAAUGAAAUUCCCCAUCUUACCAUCAGGUAAAUCCAAAAGUUAUUCUGUGCAUGGGGGCGAGGCAGUAGAACACACAAAGCAAGCGACAACUGCCGUGCCGCUGCAAAUACCGGUCCAGCACCCACCUGUAAACCUAACUACUAAAAACAAAAGUCCUGAAGGUGAAGAUGCUCCUGUGUCACUGAAACCUUUACUGAUAUGUGAACAAAGGAUCGCUAAGCUGAACCAAGGUUUUGACAUUCUCUUAGUGUUUUUCAUCUUUGCCUGUGUACUGAUUUUAGCCAUGUUGUAUAAAUUGCUCCAUCUUAAGCAUAGGCUAAAAGUGGUGGAAGGGGAGAAUGUGUUGGAAUAUUUCAGCUUCUAUCAGUCAGCACACUACAAUGUGCGUGAACCUGCCUCACCUCCACCAAAUCUUCUACCAGCAGCAGCUCCAGAUGUGGUAGGAAACAUCACAGCAGGUCAGAUGGGGCCCUUCAAACAAAACAACAAUGGAAAUCAGGCGCAGGUCAUUCUGUUUGAACAUUCAGUUCUAUGAUUGUUUUAUAUGGACUGACAACAUUAAAGGCACCGUCCUUGGAAAUAUUUCAUUAGUAUAUAAAAGCUGUUCAUUUAAUGUUGCUUUUUCAGUUUGUAGUUCUCCUUAUCAACAAUUUAUUAUUAUUAUUAUUAUUAUUAUUGUUAUUAUUGUUGACUAUCUGUAUACAUUAUAAGAACCUAAUUCAAGUUAAUGCAGCCAUUGAAAUGAUUGAUCAAUGGUGACCUUUGUUGUACCUCAUGGUAAUAUGGGAGUAUUUACUGUACAAUGUCUAACAUUAUUACAUUUUAAACAUAAUGUUUUGACUGAUUUAGCAUAACUUUUUUUUUUUUUUUUUAACUACUAUGAUAAACUUAUGAUGUCUGCAUUAGCCCAUUUCUCUUCUUGCCAGUGACUUUGAUUUCUCAAGUUGGCAGCCUUUAAUAACCAAUUUUUGACAAUCUAUAUAAAUCAACUCCAUUGUGCCCCUUCAAUUUGCUCUACAGAGUUAACAAGGUGGUUUGUGAAAAAAAAUGUUUUUAAUGCAUGCAGCUAAUAAUCAGGCUGCUUUUGUUGCAGAAUUUCUAUUUUUACAAGUAAGGGGGGCCAAUAAGGUAAAAUGUUUAAUUGUGUGUGUUUGUGUGUGUUUGUGUGUUGAAUAAAAACACCUCAAAGCUGCAUUGGCUUUUAAUGCUGUAUCAUAUUACAAACCUGUAGCAAUCUGAUUGUCAAAAUAUUAUAUUGAUUCUUAAACGAUCAAGACACAUCCUUUUCAUUAAAUCAAACAUAGGGGUUCUAUUAAUGCAUAAGUGUGUCUUUCAUGUACUACUGUUAUCUAUAGCAUGUGUAAUUUGCAAGGGAGUGUUCAUAUUGUGUAUACAAAUAGGAAACUUAUCAAAUGACAGAUUGCUUCAAAAUUUCUGGGGUUGUACCAGGGAA